CUAUUGAACAAUAGAAAACAAUGGUAACAGGGUUGCAUGCCUGUAUAGCCUAAGUAUAGAAAAUCCUUCCUUUUCUCGACAUGUAUUGACUUCUACUUUAUGAAUUAUUUCUCAACGCAAAGACAGGGCGUCAGUGUGACAGGCAGGGACAGUCCAGACACUCAUAUACAAAGCCAGCACGUUUCUGUCUGCAGCAGCCGAGCGGCGCUGAGCACCACCUCCAGCAGCAGCAGCAGCAGCAGAUCGAGGAGGGUUUUGGAUCACAGCUGAAAGCCCGACGACGCAUUUGAACAGCGGCAGGCUCGAGAGCAGUCAAUGAUAAUGGCUCACUGGCUGGUUACCGGUUGCCGGUCGCUGGUUUCCGGUGGCUCGGGGGACCGUCGAAUCUUUUGAAUGAGCGGAGGUGUCGCUGGAGCGCUGUCCGAGGUGCUGAAAAGCCGCCGACAGACCGGCCGCUGUCUCUUUUUUUUUUCCAGUCGAGACGAUACGCAUGAACUGACGUGAACGCCGAGCAGCACAACAACGGGCACAGCAGUUCGGCGGCUAACACAGCAACCCCGGCCAGGGUAAAUGGGACCGCACGUCGCCCGAGCGUUAGAAAGAUGGAGAGAUUUAUUUUCCUGCUCGUCCUCAGCUGUCUCUGCGCCUCUCGAGUCACAGCGGAUAGCUUGUCGCCUCCUGUCAAUGUGACCAUCAAAGCGGUAAAAGCUAACUCUGCUGUGGUGACAUGGGACAUCCCAGAGGGAGACCCCGUCAUUGGCUUCGCCAUCACACAGCAGAAGAAAGACGUGCGCAUGCUGCGAUUCAUCCAGGAAGUCAACACCACCACACGCUCCUGUGCAUUAUGGGACUUGGAGGAAGAGACAGACUACAUUGUGCACGUCCAGUCCAUCAGCAUGUCUGGGACGAGCCCGCUGAGCGAACCUUUGCGCUUCCGAACGCCGAAGGAGGCCGAGACUCAGGCCUCUAAGAGUAAAGACGAAGUGACGAUGGAAGAAGUGGGCCAGUCCACCCAGCUGAGGGCGGGAGCGCACAUCAUCCAUCGUGCGUGGUAAUUUAUCGUGUGCACUCUGCCUCUCCUCCCAGGUGUGAUCGCUCUCUUCUGUCGCCAGUACGACAUAAUCAAAGACAACGAGCCCAACAACAACAAGGACAAAGCCAAAAACUCCUCCGAGUGCAGCACUCCUGAACAUCCGACAGGGGGGCUGUUGCGCAGUAAGUUCCCCAAGAACAACAACAACAACAAUAGAAUGCCAUCUGUCAACAUCAUCGAGGUGUGACUGCCAGAACAUCUUCUCUUUAUCUAAAAGACUUUGUGUUCUCACAAGCAAGCAGGCCCCUUUUUACAGGCCCAUCUGCUUGCCAGGAUGAGGCUAGGACUGUGGGCCCCUCGGCAGCGCUUACUCUCCUUUGGCACGGGGCCUGCCGCUGGAGCGAAGCUGCGUGGCUCUGGGGGUCAGGCACGACCUGGCCGGAGCUGGUCUGAGAGCAGAGUCUGCAGCAGAGUGACUGUGGCGAGAGUUCAGAGGCUGCUCCGUGCUCAAUAACAACAACCUACUGUACUGUGCCACGGGGCAGCAGAGAUUAGGGCCAAAUGGCUCCGGUGGUGGAGAAAAACCAACCCCAGGGACCAAAGCCAGAGACCUUUUCAUUCUCUCUCUCUCUCUCUGUCACCUCUUUCUUCUCACCGUCUUUCAGUGCAUUAUAAACAACCACAAACCUGGACAUUUCCAAUUACUGGGUGGCUCUAAGAUGCAUCCAUUUUGUUGAAAUCGUCUCCUGUACUUUAAUCUUCUACAACUUAUUUUCUUCAUAAUGUUUUAUACGUUCUCUGAAUUGAAGGUAGACACUGUAGACCAUUCAUGUGUAUUACUGUACUUUUACUUAUUUUACUUUUAACAAGGUGCCACCAGAGCAGUCCUGUUGUCCUGGUAUCCCCCCCCCCCUCAGGCAAGGAAACUCCUGUGGGAAAUGUUUUCAUUCUGGCAAGCUCAUUUUCCCCCCCUCAGGGAAUCCAGACUCCACCUGGCUGAUUUAGGAGCCAUUUCUUACAUGUACUGUGAUGACGCCAUUAGCAGCUUUAGAGGGAUCACUCGGCUCACCACCGGAGCUGAAUCACCCAAUUUGUCAGAAAAGACAAAAGUAAUUCACUAAUAUUGAAAGGCAUCUCUGAUCACAACACAUGUACUGUAUACAGUGAAGUGUGUAACCAGGCCAGCUGUGGUAUCAUUUUGGUCACAUUCGCGUUUGUCCUCUAACUUCUUUUAUGCUUUUAUUAUGGAUUUCUGAAAUGUUACAUUCCGCAUCCAGGACGAGCCCUUUAGUAUUCCCUUGUGUCUUUCUGUUUGAGGGUGUUGAAUUUCAAAGCAUAAUGUCAUAAUGGAGUGCAUUCAUCUAAUUAAAGGACUAUACAAAAAAGGGACUGGACUCUAUGGAUGUCUAUGGAGAAGUGGCUUCUGCAGAGACACUGAAGAGAUCCCUUAUAUCAGCAAUAAGCACGGAAGCAAGGACUCAAACUCUGUAGCCUGUUCGUCCAUGCAAUGUUCAGACAGAUGAACAAACUGCACAUUGAAUAUUGAGGGACUUUACCCUGAGCUUCAUUUGCAGGUGACCCCUCUCCUGAACUUUCAGAGGAAAGUCUUUCAGCGCUGUUGUAAAAACUUGAGUAAAAACUCUGAUUGAGAACCUGGAAAACAAAAAAAACUUUUUAUGGGCCCAAAAUUCAACCCAGAGACUUCCUUAUGACAUCCUGAACAGAUGUCACCAAGACACAAGGGCUUCUAUCAAGACUUUUUCACAAAUCAGAGUGAACAUUUUGCGUUGAAACUCCAUGUCGAGGAGACUAAGAAUAGCGAUAAGGGAUCCACUGUUGCCAUAUGGUUCUGUGCACUGUGUACCGCAAGGGAACUUGUUUGAAGAACGCAAAUAGUGUAUUUGAGGGCUGGUUCAAACUCAGUAGUUCUGCCUUAAAAAUAAUUGUAUCUUAUGAUUUAUCUAAUAAGAUGGAAAAGCCCUGUAUCUCACAUUUGAGUCAUAUGCAUUAGCUUUCACAUAAUAUUUAACUGCGUGUGCAAAGCAAAAGGAAACAUAACAGAUGACGUGCAGACCGAGAUGAGGUAAGAUUGAAAAUCUGGAAAAAAAAUGGUUGACGUUGAAUGUGUAAAUACAUUUUAUAUUUUAUUCUAGUGUGGUGGUGUCAGCUUAGAGAGCCUUGAAAUAUGACUAUUGUGGAAACUGUAUAGAAUCCUAAUGUAAAAGGAUACUGCUACUGGUGAUUUCUUUUGUUAAUACACUGUUGUUAAAGUCUUUUUCAUAGCACUCCUCUACUGUUAUGUAUUUCUAUUACAUCAUGUCAUUGCGCUGUUUAUGUGCAAUAAGAAAAAGAAAAAAACUCUUUUUGAUGAGGAACAUAAUGAAAAGCGCUGGAUACUUUAAAUAAUCAUCCAAACAUAAAUAGUUGAGAGCCUUUCAGCCGGCUGGAAAUCCAUCUCACAAAUACAUGCACACAAACACAACAGGUCACAACACCCAUAGUCUCGAGUGUGGUGGUAGUGAGAGGCAGAAAAGAUGGUUAAAGAGAGAGCAAGGAAGGAUACGGUUGAGCGGAGUGGGUAGAACGAUUACUAAUGCAAUGGCAGGCUUUUAUCACUCCUGGGCUCCCUCUCCUCCCACUAAGAGUGAAAAAGCUCAAGAUUGCGCUCCUCGAAUGAGCUGAUUCACGUCAGAUGCAGACGCAGGUUUAAAGUACAGUCACAAAGUGGAGAAAGGGGAGAAAGGGGAAAAGGGAGUGUGGCCCGUCGGACUGAUUAACGCAGAUGUUUAAGCUGUUACCAGGACAAACUCUGUGAAACCUCAAAACGAUGUUCUGCUGCAUUAACCGAAAUCUUCUGCAGCUGAAGGUUGAAUCUGUUUCCCCCCCCCCAGGAACACUGCACCCGUAGCUGCUGGCUCGCCAAUCGAUAGGCAUCCAUCCACACGCAGUAACAGAUCAGGAUGACUGACUGGAUGGAUCCCUGGAUGGUUUCUUUGAACUAGGGCCAUGUCUUAGGUGUGCCAAAAAUAUAUUUCUAAACCACAUUCCAUGUUGUGGGUAUUUUUUUUUUAAAUUUAAUUUCCUCUUCUGUUGCUUAAAGGAGUUAAACUUCAGGCAGCAACAUAAGAGGUUUACUUUUAGAGCUGUCACAGAGGUUCAGCUAGGAAUCAUUUGUCCUUAUCCGAAUCGAGGGUCUAUGGUAAGAGGGUGUCUAAUGCUGUACAGAUCGUAAAGCCCCUUGAGGCAAAAUUGUGAUACUGGGCUAUAUAAAUAAAAAUGACUCAACUGAAUAAAAAGUAAAAACUAAAAACUGAGUGGUUUAACUCCAAAUUAUGAUCCACUUUCCUAUGUUGCCACUGUAAAUACUGUAUUCCUUAUUACCGAUUUAAAUGAAGGGCAAUUGUAGGUUGUUGUCCAACUUCACUGUUAAAGAAUAGUGUGACAUUUUGGGAAAUAUGUUCAUGCAUUUUCUUGCAGAGAGCAAGUAGAGAAGAUUGUUACCACUCUCAUAUCUGUACAAUAUGAAGCUCCAGCCAGCAGCAGCAUAGUCUACAGUAGUUUAGCAUAAAGACUGGAAACAGGGCAUCAGACAUGAGUGGUAUCAAUUUUCCCAUCCAACUCUUGGCACAAAAGCGGGUUCCCCCCCCCCUAAAUGUCAAACUAUUCCUUUAAAGGGUUGCAGUUUCUGCUUCAUGUGUUUGAGUGAGCUCUCCUGCACAGAGAUAAUCCAGCAGCCUCGGUUUGAUGGUCAACAGCUGUUUGGAAUAUAACGUGAGGAGUUAGACAAUGUUUCACAACUACACAGAGGUCUUGGACAUGUUGGGUGAAUUAGUGGAAGACAUCUGGGUAUCUAAUUAAUUAGAGUCCACGCAUUUCAUACCUGGUGGUGUUAAGUGCAGUUUGCUCGGUCAGUCAUACGUGGACCUUUACAGUCUCUGCUUAUAAGAAACACACUGGAUUCAAGUCGUUUAUAAUUGUAAGGACAUCCAGCCACUAUUGGUGUUUAUGGUUAAAACCGGUUUAGUAAUACACCUGUCAACCACAGAUACUUAAUCCCUUACAUUUUAUGGUGGCGACUGUAAGAACUCAACAUUCCACUUGAGCCCUGUGGUGGCAAACCACUCUCCUAGCAACACAGUGAGGACUUUUUUUUUUCCAGUGAUGUGUUCUCACACUACUGUAUGUGUGAUACAAUGCCCGAAAAAUACGGUACGCUUGGUAGCAGAAAUGGGGCUACUUUGUGACGAGACAACAGAGCAGUAAAAAUACACUGGAUUCUUUUCUUCUUCUUUUUUUAAACAUCUUACACACGUGUAUUUUGUAUUAAAUUACAAACAUGCCUGGAAUGCAUCAUUGUGAUAUUACAGGGAAGUUGGACUAUUUCAUUAUAUUCAUAUAUUCUUUAAAUAUAGUAAUGAGAUCCACGAAGACGCAUGGUUUAGAAAAUAAACUGCUUUAUUAGUGCCAUCAUGUUUAUAUCCAUUGAAUGAAGUGUACAGGAGUCAUUGCUUAACGAGGGCUAGCAUGGUUGAACAAUUAUGCACAAGGUUACACAACUUCAGUUAUGAAGAAUAUGGUGUAUGCUUCAAUAAAAUGAAAAAUAUCUAAUAUUUUCAA